CUUCUUUCGGCAAGAAAGAAGAGUGGCGAGAGAGUCAGGCCCCCUUCUGAUUGUGGCGGCGCCAUGGAAAGGGGCGAGAGCAUCCUUGACGCCGUGCUAGACGACGAGGAAACCCUUGAAUUCGACGGCGAUGACGUGGAGAUGGCCGACGCGGACGCCGUCACGGAGGAGAUCCCCAUCCCUGACGCCCCGGCCGCCGUCGUAGGAAGCGAUGGCGGCGCCGCGCAGGCGGAGAAGGGCGGCCCGGAAGGAAAGAAAAAGAAGAAGAAAAAGUCCGGGAGGAAGAAGAACAGGGCGAGGCCUGAUGGGCCGCCCACCAAAAUCGCCGACAUUAAUCGAUUUGUCCUCGACACAUGCAGGCGCUUGAAGGAGAAAAAGUCGUACCUUGUUUGGAAUGCUAUUGGCUGCCUUGGUGUUUCUGCUGUCAGUGAUCUUGUCAGAGAGGUUGAGGCCAUUCAGAAGUGUGGUGGGCAGACGAUUGCUGAUGGAAGUCGUUUCCGCACAGGUGGUGGAAUUCUCUGGAACAUCUUGAAGUCACGAGAACCAAAGGCAUACAAGGAAAUUAUGAUGAAGGGAAGGGAACUUGAGAAGCAGUUUAUGUAUGGGAAAGGCAGGCCACAUGUGAGCAGAAACGAAGAUGCAAGCUCACAGGGCAGUGCGCUAGUUGAUGAGGAAAUUGAAGCACAGGAUGAUCCUGAGCACUUAGUUGAUGCGGAGGAAGCACCUCCUGCUAAUAAUAAAGCUGAAACCCGUAAACCAGUAGCUAACAGGAUUCGUGUGCCUGUCUCUUAUGAUGAUCUUUUUGAGGAGGGAGAGAUACACGAAGAAGAACCACAAAAUUGAAGCAUUCCAGAGGUUUUGCCUCCGCGAGUCUUAAAUCUGCUCAGAAAGCAAGACUAAAGAAUGUGAGGGAAGAGGUAGAUGUAUGUACGAACACUGCAGUGAAGUAACCUUGUUUCCCCUGUGGAGUCCAAUUUUUUCUCCCUUGUGAUUGUGAUUGUGAUUGUGAUUGUGAUUGAGCAGUACGGCAUGCAAAUAUGAAACAACGGACCAACGGUUGAGUUCUCUUGUU